CAGGAGUAUGACAAUGCGCGCGCUGUCUGUCUGACGUAGACAGGCGGAGGAGAAAGCACAACCUGCAGAUCUGUGACUUCCAUGAGGCGGUGGAUUCAUAAAUAGAAGAGCGCGCGGAUGGUUGUUUUCAUCUCCCCGGAGCGCGCGCGGCGCACCGAGGACGCACAAUAGAGCAUCCUGAUCUCCGUGUUUAAUUGUGGAUUAGAGGAGGAGGGGAGGAGGAGGAGGGGGGAGCACAACAAGGAAGGCGAGGAGACGCUCUUUAUUAUUAGGAGGUGGUGGAGGGGGUAGACGGAGUCGGAGGGAGCCCGGAGACCGUGGCGGGGACGACGGGAGCAAAGAGGACACCGACAGGCGGCGGCGGCGGCGCUCGGAUGGUGGAGCUGCUCCGGACGCGGCGACGAUGCGGCCACACUGCUGGGUGAUGGUAGCGCUGGCGGGGAUCAUGUCAUACCUCAGCCCGGAGAGAGCCCUCGGAGCCCCGCAGAGGGAAGUCUCUCAGACCAGGGCUGCAUCCCUCUCGCCUCCACCCUACGUUGUCAUCCUCAUCUCCUGCUCGGGGCUCGUCUCUUUUGUUCUGCUGCUCCUCACCUGCCUGUGCUGCAAGAGAGGAGGAGUGGGGUUCAAUGUAAGUCUUCAACAUGAGUUUGACAAUGCAGAGGGGGAGGAAUGCUCCGGGGGUUCCAGCCCCAUCCAGGAGGACAGUCUGUCAUCGUGUCCCUCCCUACCUGAGGUCUACACCUUACCGGUCAGAGACCGGUCCAGCUGCACCGCCCUGCAGGACGGAGCUGACUCAAAAUCUCAGUGUUUUAAAAGACACACUUUAAACUACCUUCAGGAGAUUGGAAAUGGCUGGUUUGGAAAGGUGAUCCUGGCUGAGGUGCUGUGUGACUGCAGCUCCUCUCAGGCGGUGGUGAAGGAGCUCCGAGUCAGUGCUAGCCCUCUGGAGCAGAGGAAAUUCCUCGCUGAAUCCGAGCCGUACAGGAGCCUCAAGCAUCCCAACAUCCUUCAGUGUUUGGGGCAGUGCAGUGAAAGCAUUCCCUUCCUGCUGGUCAUGGAGUUCUGUCAACUUGGUGACCUGAAGCGAUACCUUCGAGCUCAGCGCAAAUCAGAUGGGAUGACUCCAGACCUGCCAACCAGGGAUCUCUUGACUCUUCAGAGGAUGGCUUAUGAGAUCACCUCAGGCCUGCUGCACCUUCAUGAAAACAACUACAUCCACAGUGAUCUGGCUUUAAGAAACUGUCUUCUGACCUCUGACCUCACUGUCAGGAUCGGUGAUUACGGUCUAUCUCAUAACCAUUAUAAGGAGGAUUAUUACCUAACUCCAGACAAACUCUGGAUUCCACUGCGCUGGAUUGCUCCGGAACUACUGGAGGAAUACAGAGGAUCCCUCAUCGUUACCGACCAAACCAAAACCAGCAAUGUGUGGUCUUUGGGGGUGGUGAUAUGGGAGCUGUUUGAGUUUGGCGCUCAACCUCACAGGCAUCUGAGUGACGAAGAGGUGUUGACCUUUGUCAUUAGGGAGCGACAAAUCACACUGGCACAACCAAGACUCAAAUUGUCUCAUGCAGAUUACUGGUAUGAGAUCAUGCAGUCCUGCUGGCUCCCGCCGUCACAGCGCCCCUCUGUAGCUGAAAUAUUCCUCCUCCUCUCCUCUCUCCUGGCUGCUGAGCGAAGAGCAGCGAGAGGGAGUGUCGGGGAUGAAGAUGAAGAGGAUGAAGAGUACGAGGAGGGCAGAGGAAGGAGAGGGGAGAGCGAAGAGUCGUUUGAAAGGCGCUGGGAUCUGCUCCGUCCUCCUGCCUUACAGAAUGCAGCAAACGAGCGGCACAGGGACAGAGAGUACUGCCGGGAGGGCAGAGACAACUCCUACCCGCUGCUGGACCCUGUGGGGAACUGUAUCACGCCAUCCUCGACCGAGCUGGACGACAUCCUGACAGUCACAGAAACCAGCAAAGGCUUGAACUUUGAGUAUUUCUGGGAGAAGGCUAAUGCCAGACGAGGAUACAAACCUCUCCCUCCCCCUCAGCCAAUCCCAACUGUGAACAGUAACCACAGACAGUCUUUGGACACUCCCACUGUGGUGCCGGUGAUAAGUGCUCGCAGCCCUUCGCUCGCUAGUGAGUACUACAUCAGACUGGAGGAGCACACUCCUCAAGACAAGUCCCCAACCCUUAAAGGAAAGCCGUCUGCACGCUCCGACUCAGUCAGCCCCGGAGAUGUGGAGCUUGUGGAGAUUCGCAGUGGAAUGUUGGGAAAAGACCGGGUUCCUUUUUGUUCUUCUCAUAAGAGUAAGACUCUGCAGACAGUCCGGUCGAGUGAAGUUCAGAUCCAGCUGCCAAACACAGGCGUGGUUGAGUUCAGAGACACUUCCAGCAGAGUGACAGACUUCUCUGUGGUGGAUUUAAAUGAGGACGAUGACGAUGAUGACAAGAAAAACAACGGCGGAAAAAAGUACACGGCUUCUCAAGCUCCGGUCCUCCCUCCAAAGCCGCGCUCCAUGUCACUGUCUUCAACCAACCCACUUCACUCGCGCCCCCUACCUGCCCCCCCUCUUGGUUAUAGAGGACUCCCUCAAUACACCAUGAGUGGAAAAAUCGAGACGGACCCCCUUCACAUGAGCUCCUGCCCAUCAUCUACCUUUGAUCACCUCGGGCUUCACCGGCCCCGGCAGACUCUGCCCCCUUCUCCUUCCCUGUCACCCUCCAUACCCCCAUCAAGUCAUCCGGUUUACCCUCAGCCUUCUCAGACAUGUCCUCCCCCUCUUCCUCCCCACUCCAAACCCCAACGAAUUAUCCCCAACUAUAACACAGCCGACGUUUACUCCAGAUACAGCAGGCCACAGAUGCAGAAAGCCUGCGGAGACCCGCUAUCCUGUGACAUGGCUGAGCGAGAGCGGGACACCAGGCCCAGCACCUUCAGGGAGACCUCGCAUUUCCGUUCAAAAGACUUUGAUUCCCCUAUCCGCAGGGAAAACCCUCUGCGACCCAUAUACCAAAACCCCACACCCCGCCCUCAGCCCGCAAACUCUGUGAAUGACAGACAGUCUUCAUCCAGCCCCACCUACUCAGAUGAAGACGAAUCGCCAUUCGUGUCCCCCGAGAGAGCUGGCAAUAAAACAACUGUCACUAAGUCCAGCCUAUCUGAUGACACGGAUCCCGCCACAGCAGAGCUCUUCUCUAGGGGAAUGAAAAGGACUCAGUCACGUCUCGACACAAUUUUGCCUGCCAUUUGGAGGGAGGAUGCUGAACUGCAAGCAGAACUUGUCGCUGCAGCCAAAAAAUCCCCUAUGCAUCUUUUUCUGACAGAGAUUUCCAGCGUGGCCGAGUCCCAUGAGCUCAAGCCGGAGGCUUUGUGGGAUGGAGAAAUGGAGAAACAAAAAGACAAGGACAGAUGGGGUAACUUUGUGCUGCCAGAAAAAGGGAUACGCCGAUCCCAGUCUCUGAUCACAGAAGUUGGCUCGACCGGACAGCCGUGGACACAAGAGAAACACUGGAUAGAGGCCGAGGAGGACAUCACAGUCAACAAGGAACUCCAGAAUGACCUUUUUCUCACAGAAAUCGACACUGGAAGGAUGGGUAUGGAAGGAGGAUCAGACAGUGAUCCGGUGAAGUACCUCUAUCCUACAGGAUCCAGGCUGCAGCCUCAUGGUUCAGAUCUCCCCUCGUACACAGAAGCUGAAGAAGCCUACUCUAAAGGGAUACGAAGAUCCCGCUCUCUUUUGUCUGAUAUCACAGCAGACAAGCAAAAAUCGGAAGUUCCUUUGACUUCAAAGCCAUCGCAGAAAACUGAAAUGACCAGAGAGGAGUUUCUAAAAGAAAUCCAGUCAGCGGAGACCUUUCUGACUGAAAUCAUAUCAAGGCAAAACGUUUGCACAAACAACAAGGAAGCAGAUCCUUCUUACUCCCCUACUCCACUCUCUCCUGAGUAUGAAUCCAUAUGCAUAGACCCAAACUCAGCUCAGACCAUCACGUUCCAGUCAGAGAGCUCCAUAAGAGCAUCCAGCAAAGGUAAAGAUGACCCGCCGACAGAGGCUAUCUAUGCCCAGGUGACCAAACGCGCCAAGAAGAGUGAGAUAAAGGUUUCAGUCAGACCAGAGAUCCCCGUUCUCCACAUAGGAUCCUCCAAACACCAACUGAACACAGACAGCUCGGGAAACAAUGCUGAUCACUGCCAGUCUGGUGGGUUUGUGUUUUCAGAAAUCAUGCCCAAAAACGGUUUGUUACACAACCAAGAGCUUGAGGGUCAGAAAGACGAAGAGGAGUGUUCUGAUGGCCCAGCCUUACCUGCCAGAGGAGAGAAAAUAGACCUGUCGGAUCUCUCUCCUUCUGAAUCCACUGAGAGUGGAACAGAGCCCAUCACUGUGAUACUGCGUGGGAACAAAUCAGACAUGACCAACAAACGCCAGGAUACUGCUGGGAUGGGAAAUGGGGAGAUCACAAAGGAGGAAUUUCAAGUCCAUAGCCAUGAAAGUGAAGAUCAGCUAAAGGGGAGGUCGGAUUCUAACGAAACAGAUGAUUUGAAAAGCUUUAAAAGUGUUCAUGUUAGUGGUAGCAGCAGCUUUGCAGACACAAAUGGAGUAAAUCCAUGUUGGGGCAAUGAAAAUGGUCAAGACAAACCUUGUUAUGUCACGCAAGGGAAGCCCAGUCCUGCAGUCACUCCAGAAUGGGACCCAUCAUCCGACGGGUCCCUCAUCACCCCUACUGACUCAGUCCUGUCCCCCAUGACCUCCAGCUCAGCCGACUGCCUCACACCCAGCGAUUCGUGGACAGCAGCUGGAGGAGGGGGAAUGGGUGGGUGGCGAGCUCUGGGAAGUGACACGCCACAUCGAGACUCUGCCUACUUCUCAGAUAGUGACUGGGAGGGCGAAGGGAUGAACAGGAGGAGCAGCGACGGACUUAUCAGCUCCAGACCAAGCAGCAGUCGAGGGGGCGAGAGGGGAACACUGACAGGUAUAGAGGAGAAAACCGAAGAGGAGGGAGAGCUGAAGGAGAAAAGCCCUUUACGCAACUGUUUACACGUGUUAGAUCACAAAACACAAACUGGGGGAGAAGGAACUGUUGAGAUUUGCAACAAGAUGGAAGAAAUCCAUCAGAAAAUCCCUGAAACUGAAAAUUCUAGAGAUCUUCUAAACAAAGGGCUGGGGUCUACUCAGAGAGACAUUUUUAAACCUGAUGUCAAGGGCUGUACUAACUUAACUGAUACGCUAUUUCAAAUAAUAGACCAUGAACCAUUGAAAGGACUGGUGAUAGACAGCUCCUGCACGGUUGGUGUGAAGUACACCAUGACAAAUUACAACUGUCAGGACUCCAACGAGACCCAUUCAAAUUUACAUUCCAAGAGUUCUGCUGGGACGUGUGAUCCGAUUAAGUUUCUAUCUGGUGGCCAGUCAGAAGACAAGCUUAGGCAGAGCAACGAUGGCUGCAGCACUGUUAUAGAUCUGACUCAAGCAGAGUCCCUGAAAUCACCAACGACAGAUAAGGAAUCUGAACUUCCAUCUAAAAGUGGCGGCAUAGACUUCAGGGUAUCUAAUCUAUGUGAAAUUCCAUCCAGUAAUGAUGUUAGUACGACAGAAACCCAGCUAAGGUGUGAUGGGAAGCUGUUUGGUAAUGAAGUGAACGGUCCAACGUCUCCAUGGUCAAAGCAGGAUGUGGAGGGGGAUAGUCUGGACCAUAGUGAGCUGGGUCUGAGUCUGAGUCUACACAACUCCAAUGCCAGAGAGUAUGACGACAUCUCGAUGGAGACAGACUUGCACCAAGCUUCUGCUGAGCUGAGAACCAGCCCGAAGGGAAACUCCCCCCAACUCAGAGAAGAAAACACAAUUCCCUAUGCUGAAAAAGUGAAUGACAGCUCCCAUGAGAGGCUGGAUGUGACGAGUGAAGACUUGUGGAGCGGCCUAGAGGAGAACGAUGAGAGACCAGAAGCUGGAGCCGUCAGAGGUGAGCUCGACUGCCAUCGCCUGUCCAGGGACACACGAUUGUGGCCUGAUGAGAAUGAUCAGUGGGCCUCUCCGGAGAGAAGGUGCCAAGAAGUUGAGCUGAGAUCAGAGUUUUCCUCUGGGCUUAGUAACACGGCUUGGAAAGUAGGGGGGAGGCUUGAGUUCUGGGAGGCCGAAGAAAACGAUGAACUUGCAGGAAGUGAACCUCACCCUGCUGUCUUGAAAAGCUGUGAAGAGACGUGGCCCAAUGAAGGACAAGGCAACACGUGGAACUCAAAGGCUACUGAAAUCCAGGAGACUGCAGCAGAAAUACAACAAGAAGAAAACAUAGAGAACCUUAAGGACACUGAAACGUUAAAAAACGAUCCGCAAUGCAUCUCAAAGGUUGAAGCAGAAAAUAGAGAAAUUCCUGAGGAUAUCACCUUAGUUCAUAGAAAAACUCUGAUUACAUCAUAUGCAGAACCAUUUAAGACAGAGGAGAACCAGAACUUUAACAGAUGGUCUUCAAGUCAAUUAAGAGUAGACGGUUCGACUUGUGAAAAUCAUUUAAGUCAGGGUUCAGAAAGUUUUGAUAUAUUUGAGAAUCCUCCUGAAAACUUCUCAGACCUGGAAACUGACAAACCAGGUUUGGAUUUAGAAGUUCCAGUGAGACCACAUCUCUCACCGAGACAUUUUGAAGAAAGAACAUGUCCUUCUAACACUGAAGAGGCUUGUGCAGUUCAAUUCCGCCCCAUUGAAACACAGGAUGAAAGAAGUCAGCCGUGUUCAGAGGUGGACAACUUCAGCUCUGUGGAUUUUCCCAGUCCACCAGCAAGCAUAGACCUCGACCUGCAAGAUGAUAAACUGGAGAGCUUAGAUGAUUCCUUCCCUAGUCCACCUCCAUCUGUCAUAGAGGAAAAGGACUUUAUGAGUCACAUGAAUCUUGAAGAUUUUAUUGCCAACGCCGGGACAGAGUCAUAUAUCUCCCCAGUUAACGACACAAAUGAAUCCGAAGCACUUCUGGAAGACUUAACACCAACUCAGAGUAAAGGGAUUUCAGCCAAUCUGAACCCCCCCUCUGUGCAUAUAACACUAGCGGAUGAUGGCGACCUUCCACCCAGCGCUGAAAGUCAUCAUAAUGUUUCCCCGAAAAAUAACUCUUCAAGCCAGGAUCCUCUGAAAAACAUCCCGCAGCUGCUGAUUUCCGAGUGGAAGGAUCUGGACGAGGAGCUUCUGGAGGAUUUUGAGAAACUAGAGCAAUUGUGUUGCAUCUCUGCGAAUGAGGAGGAAACUCUGGGGGAGAUUUUCUUGGGAGAUCUGGAGCUUUUGGAGUCUUUAAAGAAAACUCCUGAACAGAAGGAUGCAGUUGAGGCUUCUUCUACUCCUGAUGAGAGCACAGGGAAAACGAUGAAUUUAAAGGAGGAUGUGAUUCCUGAUAUGAAACAGGAUCUUCCGGAUAAGGAAUCUUCACCUGUGGAUGGAAAUGAGGGGGAGAGAUCAGCGAGUCCUGAUGUGAAGGACCAGGGAUCUCUUUCCAAAAUGACCACAAAAAAUGGCCUCAUGAUGCAGGUGUGUGAGGAGAGGUUACAGUUCUCCCUCAGCGAAAACGUGAAAACAAACGUCCUGUGGGGACGCACAGUAAAAGACACAGUUAUGCUCCGGACCUGGGGGGAACAAGCUGAAGAAAGCGAUGAACUGAUGUCCGUGAGAGAUCAAGAAGAGGAUGAGAGUCACGAGGAUCAAGAAGCUCCGCUCAGCAAUCAGCCGCCGGAACAAUCGGAUAUAUCAACAUCUGAGCCAGUUCUCGAACAACCAGAGAUCAUCAUAUCUCAGCCGAAAACAAACCAGGCGAUGAAAGCAAAGCUAGCACGCUUGUCCCUGGCCCUCCCUCCUCUGGCUCUGAAUCUUCCCCUCACCUCAGGCGGCAAAGGAGGAUUUGGGAACGGUACGAUCGGGAACCGCAUCGGAAGACGAAGGGGUCUGUUGCAAGGAAGCGACCCUGAAGAGGAGGAGGAGGAAGAGCAGGAGGACGAAAGCUCCCGCAGAGUGAUUGUUGUCACAGAGACAGACGUUGACAAGCGCGUCGGUCUGAGAAGUCUGCUGAAAUCCCCCAAGGAGUCGAUGGACAGAGAGAGGGACAGAGGCAGGAACGUGUCCUUUUUUGAUGAUGUCACCAUUUAUCAUUUUGACCAGGAAACUCCAACUAACGAGUUAAGCACUUCAACUCCUACAGGUCCAGUCACCGUCAAAAGCAGCAAGUUGAAUUUGCAUGGGGUAAACAAAAGCAAAGAGGCGAAAAGAAAAGAGGAUUUGUCAAUCAAGCCGCGGUCGCCCGUAGGGGCCGGUCCAGGGACUUCAUCACGCUUCACUGUCAGCCCCGCAGACGACCCACACUUAGUGUGAUCACUGGCGGAAGCUCCUAGGACUGGCCAGUAAUUGACCCACGAACCAGCUACUUACCCAGAGGAUAUUUUUUUAUCAAAUAAGCAACUGGAAGAGUGAGACUCUGGUUCUUAAAGCCGGACAGAUUCCAGGCUUUACCAGCGACAGGAUUUUGUAUGAAAGGGGUUUGCUGAGCUCCUGCCUGCCACUGUUUACAGAGUUUAUUCACAGCUUUUGGCUGCAAAUGGCAGCAUAUGGAAAUGCUGGGAGGAGAGGAAACCUGGAGCUUUGUGAAAUCUGAAACAAAUUUGACAGCUAUGCAGUGGGAGUCUUGCUGUGUACCAGCUUACCUUCUCUUUUCCUGCUUCAUUCAGUUGUGUUAGGUCCCUGCAAGGGAUGCACUUUCUUUAGGAAUUCAUCCUUCAAUGUUUGGAUUCUCGUCUUUCCGGAGGACGUUUUUCAUUGCAGUCAAUUGUUCUUGUAGGCAGCAGUUUGAAAAAGAAGUCUCGACUCCUGUAUCCGAGGUUAUCGCUUGUACAAAUAUCAUAAUACAGGUGUAUACAAUAUCAUUUUUUCAGCUUUUACUUUUAGGUGUAUUCUUAGACUGCACGAAUAAUUGAAGAAGCAAUUUCUUUAUGCUUCUGGUUUUGUUUUUCCUGCAAAUUCCAGUAUUUAUUCUAAUCUUUAAUUAUUUAAGUACAAACAUUUAUUUAUCUAUUUAUUUAUUAUUAUGUAUUUAUUUGGUGCUUUUAGCAUACAGGAAUUUAGGUAUAAUUUAGGUUAUACCGUGUCUAAGCUCUCCAUGACAAAUAAAAUAUUUUCCCAAAACGUCUUAAUUGCUGGAAAAAAAGAAGUAUUUUGUAUAAUUUUACUUGUUAAUACUGUACUGUACUGAACUAUGUCUUGUAAUGUUUCCUUAUUUUCAUAUUAUUAGGAGUCUUGUCAUUCUUUAUCUUGUUUAAUGACCGUUUAUGUAGCUUAGCAUGACAGAACAGAACAGUCUCUCAUCAGUAAAUAAGACCAUUUGCUUGUGUACUUGUUAAUUUAUUUCAUUUUCUACUAAUAACCAUCAAUCAUGCAGCUGAGGUCCAACUAGUCCAUUUGUUUAGUCUGUUUAAAUGUUGGUUUAACCUUGUAUUGUUUAAAAACUGGUUUUCAAAGGGGAGGAUGUACAAGAUGUACAAUAAAAGCUACAAAAUGUGAACCUCUUAUCCAAAAAUU